CUUCCUGAAUACACUUUGAAAUUUACACUGAAAGGUCAUAAAAGUGCCAUAUCAUCUGUGAAAUUUAGUCCACAUGGAGAAUGGUUAGCCUCAUGCUCAUAUGAUAAAGCUAUAAAAAUUUGGAGUCCUGAAUCUGGGAAACUAGAAAACAACUUAAAUGGACAUAAGCAGGGCAUAUCUGAUAUUGCUUGGUCUAAGGAUGGUCGACUUUUAGUUAGUGCUUCGGAUGAUAAAACUUUAAAAGUAUGGAAUGUGGAUGAGGCAAAAUGUGUGAAGACGUUAAAAAGACAUAAGAAUUAUGUAUUUUGUACAAGUUUUAAUCCUGAUUCCAGUCUAAUAAUAUCUGGAUCAGAUGAUUUAAGUGUGAUUUUAUGGGACGUUGCAACAGGGAGAUGUGUGCGAGAACUGCUUUCGCAUUCUGAUCGUAUUACAUCUGUUGAUUUUUCUUAUUGUGGAAAAUAUAUGCUUUCCAGUAGUUAUGAUGGUUUAUGCUUCAUAUAUGACACUGCUGGAAACACUGUGCAAACUUUCUCUUGUGGUGAAGGUUCAUCCGUUUCUUUUGCUAAAUUUUCACCAAAUGGAAGAUAUAUUUUAACAGCUACACUUGACAAUACUCUGAAGCUCUGGGAUAUAAGCAAAGAAAAGUCUGUUAAAACAUACAAAGGACAUCGGAAUGAAAUCUUUUCCAUUUUUGCCACUUUUGGUCUUACUGGUGGAAGAAAG